GUCACAAAAAGGAAACACACACAUUGUCACCUGAGCGGAAGCGGGUGUUUCUGUCACAUGACUCCUGCAGCCUGCUGAUUUUGCGGCUCCCCAUGUUAACGUACGGUAUUGGGAUUUAGAGUAAAUUCUAACAGGACUGGAACGUCUUCGUCAACAUGGAUUUUUGCACUGCUAACUGGUAUCCUAUGGGUGAUGUGUACUACCGUAAAUUUGAUUUGUACCAAAUGGAAUGGAAUAUCAAAGAAGAUUUUAAAGAUUGCCUUGUAGCAGUUGGUCCAUAUGGAGGAUCUAUAGCCUUGAUGAAAAACUUUUUGACAAAAGAGAAACCCAGCAGUUCACGUCCUGUUCUGGAGAUUUACUCUGCAUCUGGCAUCCUUUUUUCCACUAUUCAGUGGAAAAGUGGACAAGUUGUGCAUCUAGGGUGGACUGUUUCCGAAGACCUACUCUGUAUUCAGGAAGAUGGAACUGUAUUAAUAUAUGACAUAUUUUGUGUAUUCAAACGCUGUUUCUCCAUGGGAAAUGAAGUUAAACAGAACCACAUUCUCGAAACAAAGGUAUUUCACUCUGAAUAUAGGACUGGUGUUGCAAUUUUAACAGGUGCACUGAAAUUUACCCUUACGUCAAAUAUUGAAGAACUGAAAUUACGCAGGAUGCCUGAAAUUCCAGGUCCUAAAGUGACGCCUUCUUGUUGGACAGUUCUUUUCCAGGAUAGAAUGACGUUAAUUUUGGUAGCUAUUGGCAAAGAUUUGUACCUCUUGGAUGAUACAAUUUGUUCCGUUAUAACUCUUCCUGGAAUGAGUCCACUGUCUGGAGCUUGUCUACAUAUGUCGGUAUCUUUUCAUAAUAAAUACCUAGCAGUCUUCACAGAUUGUGGUUCUAUAUGGAUGGGAACUUCAUCGCUUAAGGAAAAAUGUUGUGAGUUUACUUCAGAUGUGCGACAAGUACCCAAACAAAUGGCCUGGUGCAUCAGACCACGAAGUAAACAGUUCGCAGUUGUAGUCAGGUGGGAUAAACUAAUGCUUAUUGCUGGACGUGGGAAUGAAAGCAUUUUAUUUCCUUUGGAUGAGGAAACAUUUAUGGUUUCUGAACUUGAUGGUGUCAGACUUAUCUCUCAUUCCACACAUGAGUUUCUCCAUGAGAUCCCAAAAGCAACAGAAGAGAUAUUUAAAAUUGCUUCAAUGGCUCCUGGUGCUCUUUUGAUGGAGGCACAGAAGGAAUAUGAGAAAGAGAGCCAAAAAGCGGAUGAUUACCUGCGUGAAAUUAAGGAUCAAAACCUUCUUCCUGUAGCAGUAGCUAAAUGUAUUGAAGCAAGUGGUUAUGAACAUUCAUCAGAGAUACAGAAAUCAUUGCUAAAAGCUGCUUCUUUUGGAAAAUGUUUUCUAGAUUCAUACUCGCCUUCAGAAUUUGUAAAUAUGUGUCAUGAUCUUCGUGUUCUCAAUGCUAUCAAUCACUACCAGAUUGGAAUACCAUUGAGUAUUAUGCAAUACAAACAACUCACUGUUCCAAUCCUUCUAGACAGAUUAGUUUUACGAAGACUUUAUCCUCUUGCUGUUAAAAUUUGUGAACACCUCAAGCUCCCCGAAUUUCAAGGAGUCAGUCGCACUUUAGCUCAUUGGGCAUGUUACAAGGUUCAGCAGAAAGAGAAAUCUGAUGAAGAAGUAGCUCAGGCCAUCAAUCAAAAGCUUGGUGACACCACAGGGAUUUCGUAUGCAGAGAUUGCAUCAAAGGCCUGUGACUGUGGUAGAACAGAACUGGCAAUUAAACUAUUGGAGUAUGAGCCAAAGUCAGAGGAUCAGGUACCAUUGCUUCUAAAAAUGAAGAGAAGCAAUCUUGCUCUUGGCAAAGCUAUUGAAAGUGGAGACACUGACCUUGUUUACACUGUUGUGUCAUAUAUGAAACAUGAGUUUAAUCGUAGAGAUUUCUUCAUGACCUUGCAGAACCACCCCAUCGCUCUCAGUUUAUAUCGACAGUUCUGCAAGCAUCAAGAGCCCGAAACCCUAAAAGAUCUAUACACUCAAGAUGAUAAUCACCAGGAACUUGGAAACUUUCAUGUGCGCUCCAGCUAUUACACAGAAAAGAGUGUUGAAGGUCGUGUUGCUGAGCUGCAAAAUGCUGUAGAUGAGUACUACAAAGCAAAAAAUGAUUUAGCUGCUAAGGUAACAGAGGAUCAAAUCAAAUUGCUAAGGAUUCAGCGUUUAAUACAAGAAAAGAUGGAUAAACCUUACCUAGAUUACUCUUUACAUGAUACCAUCUAUAAUCUGAUACUUGAUGGAAUGCAAAAAAAAGCAGAGCAGCUCUAUAAAGAAUUUAAAAUCCCCGACAAAAGGUAUUGGUGGCUGAAGAUCUCUGCACUGUCAGAGAAAGAAGAUUGGGAGGAGUUGGAGAAUUUUUCAAAAAGUAAAAAAUCUCCAAUAGGCUACCUACCAUUUGUUGAAAUGUGUAUGAAGUAUCACAACAAGUUUGAGGCAAAGAAGUACACUGCUCGAGUGACUCCUGAGCUAAGAGUAAAGGCCUUUCUUUUUGUUGGUGAUUUAGACCAAGCUGCUGAAGCUGCCAUUGAGCAUAAAAAUGAAAAUGAAAUGAACACAGUCCUGUCAAAAUGUACUUCAGUCACUGAUGCCUUUGUAGCUGAGAAGAUUGAACGGGCUAAAGCACAACUACUUAAAAAAUAAUGUUUUCUAUGGGGGCAAUUUAGUUUUUUGUUAAAGCGCAGUAAUUAAUGGGCACCCAUUGUUCCAAUUUAAUUGUUUUGGGCAUCCCUUAAUUAUCACGCACAAUUAGUGUUUAGCCACGUAAAAUGGCUAAACAUGCUAAACUAACGGGCACGAUGGGGAAAAGUGCUGUUUGGACGCCCAAACAGCCGACUUCUCGCCCAUUUCAGCUCGCCACCUCCAGAGCUGAGAUGUGACUGCUGUGGCUAAUGUGCGUCUGAUCGGAGCAACAAUUGAUUAGCUUGGAUAAAUGCCCAUUACUUUAGACAAUAUAGCAAACAAUUGAAUUGUCCCCUUUGUGUUAUUUUCUGCUAUUAUAUUACAGUGUUUGAUAAUUAAGUGCAUGAUAACUAGUUAUACAUGUUAAGAAUUGCCAUAUUUUCUUCCAAGGUCUUUUUGUCCUCAUACAAAUAUUGUGUCCAUAAGGUGUUUUUAUUAAAAACAAUAUAACACCACAUUCGAUGUACAUCACUACAAAAUGUAUCUUAAAAGUUGAUGCAGCUAAAAGUUAAGUGCAACCUAACAAGUUAUUAAGGUGUCUGUUUAUAGAGCCACCAGGAUUUGUAUAGAGAAGCACAAUGGAGGCAUUACUGACCCACUGCUUGCAUACAACGACACAUUAAUCGGACACACAUUGGGUGAACAUUGACCUUCUGAGUAACCCUGUGCCUGGGUAGAGUAGGCAAUGGAACUUAGACACCUGAGCCAUGUUGACUGUGUACAGAAUCACAGUUGCAGGCAUUUAUAUGCACCCGAAACACAACACAUCUACGUUUUAAUAGCCAGCCCGUAACCGCCCACAAACUGUGCCUUGAAUAAAUUGGUAAUUGUUUUUAUUUUGUAAGCUGAGCCCACUGUACCACUUGUGGCUUUAUUGUUAUUUGCUAUUGAUAACCAUGGUGCUUUACACUGUAAUGUUAUGGUACAUUCAUUGAUUGACACAGAACAAAGUCAAUGACACCAGUGUGUAAAUAGACACAUACAGAAAAACAAGUAUGUAACUUGUAGUACACCAUCUCCUGUAUUCUAUUAGGCCCUACAAUUAUGUUGUUUGACCUUACAGGUCAGGAUAUGUGCAUUGUUAGUGUACCUGACAUGGGGAAGAUAAGUACACUUACCCCAAUGCCCUCCUAACUCUCCCCCUCUCCCACGCGUGACUUCCUGCCUGCCGGCCCAGUACAUGCUCCUUCGGGAUCCCGGCAGUCAAGAUUUCGGUACCGGGAUGGUGCUACUUGUCUGGAUGCCGGCGAUGGCAUUUUGAUCAAUGUUGGGAUUCUGGUGUUGGUAUUUAGGCUGGUGUUGGUAUUUAGGCUACAGAGAUUUUCCACAGACUGGAAAAAGCAGUAGUAAUGCUGGCACCAUGUUUCUACGAGUACAUUAUUUCCUAAAAUGGGCAUAACACGCCUGCAUUUU